CGUGAGGCUCCCACUGGCUCCGUCCAAAGCUGUGUGCGCGCCUCGACCCUCGCCCGGCCCGCGCAGUCGCAGUCGCAGCAGCAGCAACAGCAGGAGGCGGCGGCUGUCCUGCCCUGCACGGCUCUCUCCGUCUCUCUCUCGGCCCCGCCGUGCGCCCCCUCGGAUCUGUGCCCGGCCGCCCUUGUGCCGCUUCCGCGCCCGGCCUCGCUUCUCUGCACCGCCCGUAGACAUGUCGGACACGGCCGUGGACACCAGCGCCGAGAUCUCCACCAAGGACUUGAAAGAGAAGAAGGAAGUCGUGGAAGAGACGGAGAACGGCAGAGAUGCACCGGCCAAUGGUAACGCGGAGAACGAGGAAAACGGGGAGCAGGAAGCAGACAACGAGGUAGACGAAGAGGAAGACGAAGUCGGCGACGACGAAGAGGACGAGGAAGAAGGAGAAGAAGAAGACGGUGAUGAAGAUGAUGAGGCAGAGGGCGCUACAGGCAAGCGGGCAGCUGAAGAUGACGAAGACGACGAUGUGGACCCCAAAAAGCAGAAAACCGAUGAAGAUGAUUAGGAAGCAGUCAACGAACGACGACGGUUUUUUUUUUAAAACUUAAAGAGGAAAAAAAUGUUUUUUAAAAGCCAGCGUGACCUACCACACCUUUGAAACGUCCCGUUGCAGACACGCUCCCCUUCCCUGUUCCCUCUUCCCGAUUCUUGCUGUGGUCACUGUCACCAAGUAGAGCGUAAAAGCCCCGGAGAAACCAGCGAUCUGCCGCCAAUCGACUUCCCCUAGCCCCCAUUUUGGAAGGGGGGGGAAAGUAAAAGUCUCCUUGACGUUACUAUCAGAGGGGGGGGGAGCAGAUGCCCCAUCCCCCCUCUCUGUCCCCCCCCCACCGAAAACUUCAAAGCCCCUCCUUGCUUUCUUAAAAGUAACUUUAAAAGGAGAAUUUGUUUGUAUUUUUUAUUUACAUUUUAUAUUUUUGUACAUAUUGUGAUGAGGUCAGCCAUUUUUAACGCGAUCUCCGAUUGACCAAAAGGGGGGCUUUGAAGUAACUGUGUUUUUUCUCUCUCCCCCCCCCACCCCCCCGUUCCUAAACAAACAAACAAACGGGGAAAUAAUUUUUUUUCUUGACUUUACUUGUGGUGUGACCGUGUCCAAACCAUUAUCUCAAAAGGAGAAGGGGGGAAAAAUAGACCUUGUACAAAAAAAAUAAGUCAAAAAAUGCAAAAAAGUCAAACUUUUAUUCUGAGCAUUCCAGUAACUCUUUUUUGUGUAUGUACUGUAGCUGUACCAUACGUAGUUGGUUUGUAUGAGAUGGCCAAAGAUUAAAAAAAAGGGUUUUUCUUUCGUUUUCUUUUUUCCUUUUUGUUUUCUUUUUUUGUCUAUGAAGUUGCUGUUAAUUUUUUUUUUGGCCUGUUUGAUGUAUGUGUGAAAACAAUGUUGUCCAAACAAUAAACCGGAAUUUUAUUUUGCUGAGUUGUUCUAACGAAGCUGGUUGCACAA